AUGAACGAUCCCUGUUUGAAGUGUAGGAGCACAUUUGUUCGCAGAGACCUUUUGCUUCGACAUGACCGCACUGUCCAUGCCAAAGACGGCGGCGUUCCCCUCGUCUCCGAGGGCCGUCGCCGUGGAGGGGGCGUCCGCAAGGCUUCUUCCCCAGCACCUUCUAAGCCUUCUGUCACAAUUGAUCCUACCACUCUGGAACAAAUCGAGGCAAGCAGCGAUGGUAUGGUCGACCUUGAAACAGCAGCCAUGUUGAUGACAGAUUUCCAACAUAAGGCUGCAGCAGCUGCCACCGGCCAGGUUCACGAUCGUGCCGAAUCCGACCGUUCUUUCUCCCCUGGACGCGGUUCGCUCCUCGAGCCACCUGUUUCGUAUCUAUCCGGCAAUGCGACAUUGCCGCAAAUGCCGUGGGAUUCGUUGGUUUCGCCGACCGAAUCGAAACAUCACCUGUCUCCGUUUGUAUCCCAGGAUGCUGCUUCAGAGUCUCACGGACUCAUGGACCGUCAUGUGACCGACUCGAUGGCGCCGUCGCUGCACUCGCUGGUCAACUCUUUGCCAGUUUCAGGCAAUUCCACUCCGAACGCGUUGUCUCCAUACCCAUCAAUGACUGGGCCUGUCAGCCCCGUUAACUACAGGCGAUCCCCGGGUCCCAGCCAGGCUCUGACUCUGCCGAAGGCACCUCAAAUUGCCAACGAUCUAGAGCGCAACCAGAUUGUGGAACGCAUUCGUCUUGCUGACUCGCUUGGUGUGCUUCCUGAGUCGUUCCAACUCCCAACGACAGCCGCUUUGAACAAGUAUUUGACUACCUAUUUCAACUUGUAUCAUCACCACCUUCCCUUCCUGCAUCAGGAGUCGUUCAAACCCACUACGGCCUCAUCGCCUCUUUUGCUAGCAGUCCUCUCCAUUGGAGCUCUUUACACAUUCGAGCGGCAGCAUGCAUUCAUGCUUCAUGUUGGUUCUAAAAUGCUUGUCAACCAGUUCCUUCAACACAAGGACAACUUUGACUCGAGAAAGUGUCCUUUGUGGGCGAUGCAGAGCACUCUGUUGAACAUGAUCUUUGAGAGCUGGAGUGGUGACCCGAAGGGUCUAGAAUGGACUUGCUCAAUCAAGAGUCUUCUUGCCAAUAUGGUCGCCGGGAACCGAUACCAGCUCAAGCUCCGCACUGAAGCUCGUGAAGGACGGCAACCAACCAGGGAGGAGUGGAUUGAGGAUGAAUCUUGCCGCCGUACUUACUACGCUGUUUACAUUUUCUUCGGCAUGCUUACCUUGACCUUCAACCACACUCCCGCAAUGAGCUUUGAUGAAUUUGAUAACCUGGAGCUGCCCUCGUCUGAAUCCAUGUGGAAUCUAGACGUCAAUGAUGAUGAGGCAUGGCGCCGAAACUUGGCUUCAUCUACGACAAUGACUGUUCGCGAGGCCCAUGACUGCCUCUUUCAAGGCGAUCAAACCCGGUACAGCGCGUUCGCAACCCGUGUCCUCAUCAACGCCCUGUUUCUGCAGGUGUGGAACCACAAGAGAAGUUUCGAAGCUCUUCAGGAUGUGGUCACAGAAUACAAGCUCCGCCUCGCACUGGAGACUUGGGAGAACUCGCUGGAGGUUUGCGAGCCGGAAACAAUUGUCGUUCCUCUCAGCACUCCUCAAAACGGACAUCCACUCAUCUUUAACUCGAUGGCUGUUUACCGCAACACUCGUGCCCGCCUUGAGGUUGACCUGAAGUCCAUCCAGGAAGCUCUGCGCUAUCACUCUUCCUACGAAGUUGCGGCUGCGAUGACCGUCGCCCGCGAGAAGGUCAAGCGAUCGCAAGAGAUGAACAAGGUUAUUCAGUCGUGCUUUGAGUGCAUUGAGAUUGCCGCCAUCCAAGGAAUUAACUGGGUUGCCAAAACUUCGGCCACCAACUGGAGUGUCGAACACCCGCUCUGCGGGUUGGAUCUGAUGGUAAUUCUCAGCCUCUGGCUUUAUCGCCUGGAACAUGACGAGGAGCCUGCCUCCGAGGCAGAAAUGGCCAUUUACAACAAGGUCCGGAAUUUGUUUGACGAUGAUGCUGUCGACUCGUGUGGUAAACUCAGCUCCACCGUUGCCCGUGUAUGGGGUAACAUCCUAGACGGUGUGGUGGUUUGGGGAAUUACCAAGCUUAUGGGCGAGUCAUUCAAACUUCACUCCCAGGCUUUGGUUGGCUACGAGGACUCUCUACGAGUUGCCAAAGACCAGCCAAUCCAUGCUGUGCCAACGAAGUCGCUUGCGAGUGUGGGCACCGCAUACUAG